AUGGAAAUCCCAACAAAAUCGAACAACUUGCUGAUAUAUCAAAUGAGUGAUACCAACCUCACAAAAGCUCUUGAAAACAUAGUCAGCAACUAUGAAUUCUUGCUUGCUAGAAGUUCACAAUAUGAUUCGAAUAAUAGAAUUGAGAGCAGCCUCUUCAUUUGGCUCCUCCCCAAGAACUUUGCUUGCAAGGCCAUCAAGAUUUUUGGGGUGAUUCACACUCAG